ACUAUUUGAGCUGCUCACUUGUUUUUAUGACAAAAAUCUCACGUUACAUUAUUUUUCUAGACGAUGCAUAGGUUGUUAGUACAUGAACUAAUCUUAAUAUGUAUGGUUUUAUUGAUGCGUACAAGCUUAUCACGCGAGGAGAACGUGACAUCUCCAUACGAUGAAGUUACAAGAUUGAACCAACCAGCAGAUGUCGCUCGUGUUUCAAAAUUUGUAUCGUGUGAAGUUCUAAAUCCAUUAGUAUUUAGAGAAAAUUUCUCCGUACAAAGCAAAUGUUGCCGUUCUCUAUAUAAAACAUUCCAAAAAAGAUGGCGUAAUAUUGAUAACAAACUUAGUGAAUGGUUGAAUUUGCUGAAAUUAUGGAAAUGCCCACAAUUUCGAAAGGAAUGCGAUUCGCCAACAUUUCCUUUCAAUGAUUUCACGAAUACUUUAUAUAAACGAUUCUGCAAUCCUGAGAAAUUUUAUUCUGAAUGCUCAAAAAAGUUAUUUCCGAAAGAAAUCGAAACUUCGGGAUCGGGAUCAGGAAUGCCGUUUGAAACAGACGAAAGUCCUGUUCAUAACAAAACCGAUUUUCAAUUGCUUCCUGCAAAAUACACCGUCAUAAAAGAUCUGAAAUUCGAAGAACUUUUCGAACCUUGCGUACAAGCAUCAUUAGUUGAAAUUGGAGGAAUGCCCAGACAAGAAAAAUUUUUCGAGAUAAAAGUUGGAGAUCUUCCUUUCUGUGAAAUUGUUUGGUGUGCACUUCCAGCUGAAGUGUUCCUGACUAAAAAAGUGUCGAUUUCAAUGUGUAUGCCAAUGCGAUGCAAAGUAAACAUGUACGUGUUUAUGUCGUUUGCGGGACUUUUAGGGUUAGCAAUCAUUUGUACCAAUAUCACUGUACUCGUCGUCUUUUCUGUGAAGAAGCAUUCAAUGAAUAGCCAGAGAUUAUACAAAAUAUCAUUAGCAGUCGCUGAUUUACUGGUUGGUCUAGUCGUGCUUCCAACAAUGAUCACCACGAUACACGAAAGCUUCAAUUUUCACCAUGAAGUGAUUGAUACUGUUGAUAAAUACGGAAGGAAUAUCACAACAAUAACAGAUGUGUUAUCAUCCUAUGAGUUUCUAGGAAUCUCAGGAUUCUUCACAACGCUUUCCUUGUCUGUCUCGAUUUACACACUCAUGGUUGCCAGUUUUGAUCGACUUAUGGUUGUAUAUAAACCUCUUGAAUACAACAAGUUUCGUGCCAUAUCAAUUGCAAAGAUUCUUAUAGCUAUUGUCUGGAUAUUGUGUUUGAUUUUCUCUCUCCUACCGUUUGCUGUUGAUGGCCUGUUCUAUGCAUUCGUUGCAUCUGUUGUUGUAUCACUAGGUGGAGGAUCAGCUUUAAUUUUAUAUUCCGUAGUCAUGGUGAUUCCCCUGUUAAUAGUAUGGGGAACGAACAUCGCGACCUUGUCAUUAUUCAAACGAAACGCCGGAAAUGCUCGGAUGGCAGCAUCUAACGCCCAAACAAACCAAAAUAAAACUGAGAACCAGCUUGUGAAAACUUUAUCUAUUAUGGUCGGUGUUUUUACUUUUUGUCUCAUACCAUUGGUGCUUCUUACAAUCUCGCAGUUCUUCGUAAGCGGGAUUUAUCUGAAUGAUCCGAAAAACUUCAACCAAAGUUCGUCGUCAAUUAUGAUGUCAUUCGAAGCUGUCACUGUACUUAUACUAAUGUCAAAUAGUUUAUGGAAUAUUUUCAUUUACAAUGGAAGAAGCCCCGAAUUCAGAUCGAUGAGUAGAGAACUCCUCAGAAGUAUUACCGGUAAAAUUCAGCAACAAUUUUCUUGCAACAAGUUACAUCGUAAUCAAGAAAAAGGUGUAAUGAAACAUACAGACUCGACCUCUAAUGUCAGAACAACAUCUUCAGGUGUUUCAAGUUCAAUAAAUUCAAUUACUACUGCAGCCUAAAUGAUGGAAGCCAUCCGUAUUUUUCAAAUAUUUCAUAAUUUUGAACAAUCGUUACCAGUGGAGCCGUGGUUUGGCAUCUUACUCCAAGAAAAGGUCGUGUUUUGAGUUUAUUGGAAAAGGGAGUCAAGGUUGGAUUUUUGAACUUUUCGGAAUAAGGAACCGACAGUAGCAUGGUCGGUUAAUCGGGAGUCAGAGAAGAUCUUUUUGAGUAAAAACAAAAAACUUGAUUCUGUCCUAAUUUGCUUUACUUCGGACCCCGGUCUUUCUAAAGUUUUUAGAAAGAUUGUCACGAAUACAUAAAAAGACGUGCUGGUGUUGUAAUAAUUCAACAAUUCUUUUUAUUUUGGUUAUCUUUAGUUUGUCACAUUUAAAUUUUAAACUUUAUUUAAAAAUUUGUUGAAACGUUUUAUUUUUUAGUGUUGUUCAUAUAUAGGUAACAUAACUAGUUGUCAACUCAGCAUAAACGUAUAGUUUGAUAUUUUUUAUUUCGUAGCCUAAAAAUUACUUUGAAUGACAUCACAAAUUCCAAGCAGUUUUUUCAUUGGUACUCCUCCUAUUAUGGGCUCGGAACCUUGCUAUAAGCAGCCUUAUAACAAGUUGAAUUUGUAGAUUUAUAGAACAGUAUAUUUGUUAUUUAAAAAUCCUUGAUGAAUUGAACCGCACUCAUUAUACUACAAUAAUAUGUAGUAUAAUAAUACCAAAUAUGUGGCAGCAUAUCAAAUAGUGAUUUACCAUGAAACCUCAAUGUUACGCAAUUUUUGUUUUCAUUGGUGUAAUCACAAUUCUAUCAUUAACAGAUUAUAAUUAUAUAUAUAUUUCUGCGGAGUGUUUGUAUGCAAAUUAGAUUUUAUUUAUAAAAGAAACAAAUAUUGUUGAAACAAACUACUUGAAUCGAGCUGUCUGGAUUAAAUUGUUUCUAUUUUAUUUAUAAACUUAUAUCUUCACUGUCUGCAUGCUUUACCUUGUUAAACGUUUAUGUAUACUAAUAUAUAUAAAUCUUGGUGUAUUUAAAGAAAAUAUCUUGAGUAUUGAACCUUCACGAAUAGUCUAGUGAAGAAUAUGAAUUAAAGACAUUUUAUAGGCAUGCUACAUUUAGGUCUAGAUGUCUUAUUAAUUGUUUAUAUUAUUAUGAGAUGGAAAUUUCUUGAAUUUUCCAAAUCUCUUAACAGUAAUGAAAACAUGUAAAUGUUUGAAAAUAAAUAUUAUUGAGCGUCUUUUAGUGAGUUUACUUUCUGUCCAACCAGUCCUAAAAUAGUACGAUUUUUCUUAUGGUGAAUGGAAUGAAUAUAAUUUGCAUAUAAUUAUUGUCAGUAAGCGUUUCGUGCACACAAAAUAUAUAUGUUGAAACCGCAUGCAUUGAAACACAUUUUAGAUUUGCUACCAAAUGAAAUGGGAAUAUAUAUAUAUAAAUGAUUCUGCAAAAUAAAUAAAAUAUUUUAUUUGA